GUGCUCAUCGGGCCGAGGCAGGUCUCCAUGGGCAAGAUGUGCGGCACCAUCACGAACCGUACCAUCACCACCAACUCCACGUCGGUCACGGUGGUCUUCAAGUCGGACGAGUCGUACGAAGAGAAGGGCUUCUUCCUGGAGUUCUCCGCGGACACUGGUGUCGCGGAGCUCUCAGAGAACGCGUGCGGAGACACGUUCACAGCCGACGAGGGCAACGUGACGAGCCCCGGCUACCCCUUCGAGUACCCGGACAACAGCAGCUGCUGGUCGCUCAUCAACGUCGAACCCGGACGAGUCAUCGUCAUGCGAUUCAAGGUCAUCGCGCUCGAGUUCGACGAGACAUGCGCCUUCGACUACGUCGAGAUCUUCGACGGCUCUACCGAAGACUCUCCGUCUUUCGGCCGCUUCUGCGGGGACUCCCAGAAGCGGAUCCUUCGCUCCACGAGCAGCAGCGUGCUGGUGCACUUCAAGUCUGACGACCUGCUCAGCAAUCGUGGCUUCCUGCUUCAGUACGAGAGCAACAGCGGAGGCAUCAAGGUCAGCCACGACGGAGGUUGCGUCGUGGCCUCCGACUCGGAGAACGGCACCGUGGCCACGCCCAACUACCCCAACAGGUACCCGGCCUCGACCCACUGCCUGCUCGACCUGGAGGCCCCGCGAGAGGCCAAGGUGGCGCUGCGGUUCGUCGACUUCUCGCUGGAGCCGGACGCGAACUGCACCUUCGACUUCGUGGAGAUCUGGGACGGACACCAGGAUGGUUGGCGAUCACUUGGACGACUGUGCGGUGACAAGGGUGAAAUGAAGGAGCUGGUCACCUCGGAGAACCGCAUGCGAGUGAAGUUCUACAGCGACAACUUCUCCGAAUUCCGAGGAUUCUUCGCGAAUUUCUACCUCGUCUCCGCGGCUGAUAAACCGGAAGUGGAAGACGCCAAGACUGUGAUCAUGCGCAAGAACUCCCUAGUUCCUGCUCGCGAGUUGAUCGAGGAAAUCUCGCCCGAUGAGACGGUGGCUGGUGACGACCAGAGGAUACUCAAAUGCAUUCCAAAAGUUCCCGGAUCCAGUGUCAAGUGGUUCAAGAACGAGACGGUGUUGAACGGUACCAUGCCGCUGCCCCACCUUUACCUGGUAUCGCCGAGCACGCUGUGGAUUCGGCGCAUGCACUCGGACCUGGCUGGCAGCUACACAUGCUUGGUCAGCACGGAGGACCGCGAAGCCAUGGCGACAACCCUUGUCGUCAUGGCCGGAACGAAGCCGCGCAGCAAGUGCAACGUCUUCUUUCGCAAGAGUCCCAAGGACCAGGAAAUCCCCCACGGCGAGACGGCCAUCAUGCAUUGCACGGCCCAGGCCCCGCAGCGGCCUUCGUCCGACGUCAAGAUUAGCUGGCUGCGCAAUGGGCUGCCGUUCCCGACCAGCAGCCGGUACCGGGAUCUGGGCAACGGGCUGGUCUACAUCAGCGACGCCAUGCCCAAGGACUCCGCCGUGUACACUUGCGUGGCCACCGACCGCCGCAAUAACUGCACUGUGCAGGAGUCCGCUCUGCUCAGGGUGCUACCCAGGGUUAACAUCGAAGAGAUCUGCGGAAUUCCGUUCGUGGGACGUCCCAACAUGUCGAAGCCGCACGUCGAGCAUGGAAAAAUUGUCGGCGGAAUGGACUCCCUCAAAGGUGCCUACCCAUGGCAGGUGAUGUUCUGGACGGACUUGCGCAAGGCGUUCUGCGGCGGAAGCCUGGUGAACGACCAGUGGGUGCUCACGGCUUCGCACUGCUUCAAGAGGGACGAGAUUCGCAUAGACGAAGUGGAAGUGAGGCUGGGAAAGUACGACCAGACCGUGGUCGAGCCGCAGCAGGUGGUCACCAAGAUUGCUGACGUGCACUUCCACCCGAACUUCAACGUGAACACGUUCGACAACGACAUCGCGUUGGUGCAGCUUGCCGACCGGGUGACCUUCACGGACUACAUCCUGCCCGUGUGCCUGGGCGAGAGCGCGACCAUCGAGCGGGACUAUUUUAGCUCGGGAGACGUGCAACUAGGCACCGUGACUGGCUGGGGACAGCUCACCGAAAGCGUCAACACGCUUCCUCGGUACCUGCAGGAGAUCAGGCUGCCCAUCAUCGACCACAAGACCUGCCAGGCGUCCACGCAGUACCCGGUGACAAGGAACAUGUUCUGCGCGGGCUACAAGCAGGAGAUCGUGGGCGACGCGUGCAAGGGUGACAGCGGUGGUCCCUUCGUGAUACAACGCAAGAACCGCUGGUACCUCAUCGGUAUCGUCAGCUGGGGCGUCGGAUGUGGCCGCAAGGACCACUACGGCUACUACGCCAAGGUCAGCAACUACCACAGCUGGAUCAAGGAGAAGAUUCUCUACUAAAACAAACGCGUGUACACUGUGUUCCUCUUUCGAGUAAGAAGAUGUGAGCUCAGGACUGCAGCUCAACGAUUACGGGCAACGUGUGACACGUGAACCUGAUGACGGUGAUGCUUCUCACGAGAAGGGUGCUGCGUUGUGUGUCAUCAGAGGGUUGACAGUUAUCACGACGUUUGUCGGGCCGUGUCGUCAUCUUGAGUGACACGCAUACGACGUUCCUGGUGAGGGGACAAGCUUGCUAAAUGCAGGAACCUGUCUACGCUUGAUAAGUGUUGGUCAAAGACAGCAUUGUAGUCGAUCUUUUCUCAUUGACAACAAUACACCGUCAGUUAUGAGAAAAAAAAAGGUCGGAAAGCUGACAAUGGCCCACGUAACCACAUGCUUGAAAAACUUUACAGGAAAAAUCAAGUGUUUGGCAAGUUGACAGUCGUAUACGAUAAGAUGAGGGCAAGGUAAAAAAAAAAAAAGAACUGAUACGCAAUGAAGGUAUCGCUCGUGUGGUCGUGCUAGAGGGUAUAGCACGAUGAAUAAAAGACGAACAGGGACAUGAUUCCAAAGGCUCGUUCAAAGUGAGGCAUUAAGGGAAAAGGCAUCAAGUUUACAGAAUCGUCAGGGCAUUCUUAUGACGAGCAGGCCUAAGAUGCCGAUUCUUGGGUCUUGGGCAUUCAGAAAACGGUUUAAACGAGCUGUUGUCCGCUGGAUCUUGUCAUGAUUUCAUCAUCACGGCGCUUCUUGAUCACAGAUAACAACAUUGUGAAAUACGAAUGCAAGUGGGGGUUCCACAAAGAAAUACGGCUUUUGCUUGUGCAUGCUGUCUGAUGUUGAUCCCCAACGUUGGUAUUAGAUUCACUGCUUCAAGAAGCCGUUCAUCGAGAUAUACGUCGAUGAGGAACGGGCCUACCUUGCCAGGCUAAUAAAAAAGCAGUGAUAUUGUGCAGCUAAUUAACUUUUCGUGGCAUGAAAAGUUUGUCGGCGUACAGCAGAACUCGAAAAAAAAGUCCCAAAAGCCAUGGUUUAAUUAAGCACUGCUUGGCUCUCUGUUUUUAUUAAUUUAUUCGAUAGGCAGUGUAUUUACAAGCCAUUCUUGCAGUGUUUUCUUGUUUGGGUGUUUGCUUUACGAGUAUAUUGAGGUAGAGUUUGCAGAGAACCCACAUACGCGACCUAGACUUAUUUUUCAAUCAUCGCUAGAAGAUUGCGCCCACAGGCCAUUUGGCGAGAACUUGGUCAGGCACUUAUUUUGUGAUGACAGGGACUGGGCUCUACUAUCAAUGUUGCGCUAUUGAAACCAUACAUGUUCGCGUCUGUUAAAAUCACGAUGAUAAAAUGCGCCUUUUCACCAUCGUUUGUAUAGUCAAUCCUUAGUUUACAGGCUGCCAUGGAAUUCAUUUUGUACACAUCGGCAUUUAUAGUACGCUCAGUACAAUGGUAUUUUCGAGUGAGUCGUUCAGUAUAGAUCCGUCUGCGCACCAGCGACAUGGUUGAGCCACUAACACAAACAUCAUAAUACUACUUAUAAUAACUGUAUUGUUUCCCUUUCAAUGGAUAUAAAAUAUGAUUGAAAAAUCGUGACGUGGGUUUGCGGUAGUACUUGAGCGAACUCUAUAAAAGGACUCAACUGCAGCAUAAACUGCAACGUUAAUGAAGCCAGUCACACGAACACUCAUUUUAAUAAAUCCUUUAUAGCAUCUUGAGUCCAUGUGAUAUCUUCUGCUGCCUUUGUUCGACCACCGUUAACUCGCGAUAAAAGCUCAAUUUCAAGUGCCUGAAAGAGUCAGGAGUGCAAAUUCGCAUGCGUAGUGGUCCAUGCUGAAUAAGAGGACAGCUCGAGAAAUUCUUGAAGCGGGGACAGAUUUUUUUUCCACGCAACAUUAAACAAUUUUGUGACACUUAGGACAAAGUUGGAUGAAGACAUCGACAUUGUCUACCAGGUAUAGCCGUACAAAUACGGCGAUGUAUGAGCGCGUGCUCUUUCUGUUUUACUGUUUUUUUUUUUUUUACGUUGAGUGUGAAACCUGUGUGUCUGAGCGUACAUUGUAGUCAGUAUUUAUAUCGGUGCGCAGGACGCCUUCGUGGUAUGUGGAAUUCCUCCAUUCCUUCAUCUAUUCCUUUUUUUUUACUCGAAACACGCGUAUUUUCAUAUUCCUGUACCAAAUGUCACCGAGGUUCCUGUGGCCGUGUUGUCAUGCCAUAGAAUAAAGUUGCUCCUUUUUAUUUUU